UAGAAUUUGUGGCGCGUUGUUGUCUUUGUUGUUGACUUUGUUGUCGUUGCUAUGUAUUGCCAUUGCUGUCGUCGUUUAGUUGUUUAGUCAGCGACGGCGCGCAUUCGCCACUAAAAGUGCCUUAAUUCGAUCUGAUCGAAAGGUAAUUUUUUAAUUGAUACAAAUCACAACUCUUGAGUGAUUAUCGAAAUUCGGAAGCGUGAACACGUACAUAGAUCGAUUGCGUCCGCAGCGAAUCGGCCAAAUCCUUUAGGGUAAUCAACUCACAUAAAUAUUUGGAUUAUUUUCUACUGCAACCUCUACAAAAUAAAUAAAAAUGACUGAAGCAGAAUACGAUAAAGAACAACUGAGAAUUAUGCGCAAUGCCUUCAAGGCAUUCGAUCAUGAUGAACGUGGCUAUAUUGAAUACAGUGAUGUGCAGACCAUUCUCGAGAUACUUGGACAAAAACUGGAUGAAAAAGCUAUUAAGGCGCUACUUAAAGAGGUCGACAAGGCGAACUCUGGUAAACUGGAUUUUGGUCAAUUCUGCAAAUUAGCCGCGCGCUUCGUUGAGGUCGAGGAUGAUGCACCCGCCUUGGUUAGCGAGCUGAAGGAAGCGUUCCGCGUUUACGAUAAGGAGGGUAAAGGUUACCUGACGGUACAAGUACUUCGUGACAUUCUACGCGAAUUGGACGAUAAAUUGUCAGCUGCCGACUUAGAUAUGAUCAUCGAAGAAAUUGAUGCUGACGGUUCUGGAACUGUUGAUUUCGAUGAAUUUCUACAAGUGAUGACAGGUUAAGCAACGAGUCUAAUUAUUCAAGUACAAAAUGUCGUAAGUGUCACCGUUGUGUUGCAGCAAUGAAGGAAAUUUUCGUAUUCUAAUUACUUUACCAAACAACUUUUUGUUAAACACUUAUUUUUAUUGUUAAAUUUAUUUGAGUUAAUCACUAUCGCCCUCAUAUAUUUAAAUAAAAAAUAAUAAAUGCCACAGUGAUAACGUAAGAA